AUGGACUCAAUCAAGCAAUCCCUUAACGACCUGGCACAACACUUUAACACCACAAUGGCUGAGUUCCAGCAGAACUUAAGUACUUCAAUUCCAGCAACAAGUCCAACAUCAAACAUAGCGGCACAAUUCAGUACUUUUCGAAACUUUGUACUCUCAGCUCUUGAAAAUCUGCAGCAGCAGGUAAAUCAUCUCUCUGAACAACAAGAUCGUCUUGACAUGAAUACUAGAAAGAAAAUCCUCUUAGUACACGGUGUUCCAGAUGAAGAUGUGUCCACAGUAAUGAUCAAACUUCUAUCCGACCGUCUUGGCAUGCCAGAACUCUCAAUCGAGGAUAUCAGUCGUUGUCAUCGCAUAGGAAGCUCCAAAAAUGACAAACAUCGUGUAGUCCUUAUCAAAUUUAAGCUGUUGUUGAUUAGGAAUAAGGUUUGGUAUUCUAAGACCAAACUUAAAAGUACAGGUAUAACCAUAUCUGAAUUUCUUACUAAAACCAGACACGAUGCCUUUAUGGCUGCUAGGCAGCGCUUCGGUGUCUCUAAAUGCUGGACCAGGGAAGGAGUCGUAUUUGUUAUUGCGCCCAGUGGAACUCGACAUCGCAUUAGUUCGCGAUCGGAGCUCGACAAUAUUUCCAGUCUAUCUGAGGCCCAUGUGUCGACUGCUGUUACUGGUUCUGCGUCUGGUCCUAUAUCUUCAAAAGCAAGAGCAGCUCCGCCAACGCAAGUGAACCGGGCUAAGCGCAACAUCAAGAAG